AUGCCUGCCCCAAUAACACUAGCCUCCCUCCGCUCCGUCCCCCUCGCCUAUGCCACCUGCUCAAUCGGCAGCUCCCCCUCGGACACGCUCCCAGACAAACUCCUUGCCAUCUCCAACGCGGGCUUCACCGCCAUCGAGCUCUCAUUCCCGGACAUCCAGCAACACGCCGAAAAACUCCACAACCGGGAAGUUGCCUCCGACAGUUAUGCAGAAUUGACCCUUGCGGCGCGUGAUAUUGCCAAGUUGUGUAAGAAGUUGAAUCUCGAGAUUAUGAUGUUGCAGCCUUUCUCGAAUUUUGAGGGAUGGCCGAGGGGCUCGGUGGAGAGAGAGCAGGUGUUCUUGAAGGCCAAGGCGUGGAUGCAGUUGAUGGAGGCGUGUGGGACGGAUUUACUACAGGUCGGAUCAACAGACAGCCUGGAAGAAAGCAUAUCAACGAAUCGUGCCGACAUCGUGCGCGAUCUGCGAGAACUCGCCGAUAUGCUGGCGAAACAAAACAUGCGUAUGGCGUAUGAGAACUGGUGCUGGUCGACGCACGCACGGACGUGGAAGGAUGUAUGGGAGAUAGUGAAGGAGGUCGACAGACCUAACGUUGGGUUAUGUCUGGACACAUUUCAAACGGCGGGUAGCGAAUGGGCUGACCCGCGCUCUCCGUCCGGUCUGCUUGAGGGUAUCCCGAAGCCAGAAUUGGAAAGGAGGUGGAAAGAGAAUAUGCUGAAACUAUCGCAGACAAUUCCAGGAACGAAGAUAUUUCUUCUGCAGGUCUCUGAUGCGUAUAAACCGGCAAAGGCGAUUGAGAAUGAAGCGAAAGAUGGGUUGAGGCCGCGUGCGCAGUGGAGUCAUGCGUACAGACCCAUGCCCUAUGCUGGCGGGUAUCUGCCUAUUGAAGAUGUGACCAAGGCGGUGCUGAAAACGGGGUUUAGGGGAUACUUCUCCAUGGAGAUUUUUGAUAGCGGACCUGAGGGGAAGGGUAAAGAGCACGAGGUGAAUCAGUAUGCGAAGAAGGCGAUGGAGAGUAUGCAGAGAUUAUUCAAGAAUGUUGCUGAGACGAAUGAAUAG